AGCUGGAUUUUUACUAGCUCCCUCUUCCACCCAGGCUUGUUUGCUGGGAAGUGUUUAUGACAAUACGGGGCGGUCGCAGCUGUCAGACCACUUACAGGAAGGGGAAGAGUCUUGAUCCACAGCCAGCGUGCACUGGUUUGGAGCCAUUUCCUAAUUUGACUCCGUGUUGCAUUGAUUUUUAUGACUACAUAUUUAUCUUUUGUGUCAGCUGGGGUCUGAGAAAGGGAGCGAUUCACCAGCUGAAGAAAGGAAUGGGGGACGUUCCUCCUUAAGGGUGCCCAUGAUAGUGAGCCCCUCUGGAGCAGUUUGCACCCCAUAUCCACUGAAACUUUUCCUUUCCCCUCUGUGGAGAUACUGCUGACACAUGUGAGCCCUGGGUAAAUAUUUGGCCAGUGGGGUCAGGGGGCUCUGCAUGCUGCUUCCUGUUAGGAUGUUCCUGCACAUACAACCCUGCUGAGAUAUCUGCCUUGUCAAGUGUAGGAGACUUUUGGUGCCGGAGAGAGUCAUGAACGCUCCCGUUGUCGUGCUCUUGGUACUGCUCUGUACUUUCAGCAGAGGCCAAUGCUCCCCACUUAAUGGGUUUCAGAGGCUAAAAGCUACACAGCUGAUGUACCUGUCUUACCAGAGGGAAGAAUAUCCCAUGGAAGUCGAGGAAUGUGCACGGAGGUGUGCUAUAUCAUUUGACUGCAGAGCCUUUCAUUACAACUGGCAGAGUCAUGGAUGUCAGCUGUUGCGUUUCACCCAGCAUUCUCCACACACCCAGUUGCAGAGGAAUGUCCACUGUGACCUCUACCAGAAGAAAGGUUACGUAAGAAAUUGUAUCAUGGGAGAUGGGAGUGACUACAGAGGGACCCAGUCAGUGACAGAAAAGAAGAAAAUCUGUCAACAGUGGCGGCUGAAGUUUCCUCACGAUCAUAGGUUUGCUCUUUUGCCGCAGAAUGGAUUGGAAGAAAAUUACUGCCGGAAUCCCGAUAAAGAUAAGCAAGGACCCUGGUGCUACACAACGGAUCCAGCCAUCCGGUACCAAAGCUGUGGCAUCAAGAAAUGUGAAAAUGCCGUAUGUAUGACAUGUAACGGAGAGGACUAUCGGGGCUUUGUGGAUCACACAGAGUCUGGCACGGAGUGCCAGCGCUGGGACCUGCAGCAUCCUCACAGGCAUCCCUUCGUGCCAAACAAGUACCCUGACAAAGACCUUGCCGACAAUUACUGCCGCAAUCCCGACAACUCUGAGCGUCCUUGGUGUUACACAAUGGAUCCUGCCAAGGAGCGAGAAUAUUGCCAUAUUCGGAAGUGCACAGAGAAACGACGACAGCUGUCCAGUACAACUAGCUGCUUCCGGAUGAAAGGGGAGGACUAUCGAGGUGAGGUGAAUGUCACUUCAACAGGCAUCCCCUGCCAACGCUGGGACUCUCAGAUACCUCAUCGCCAUCAUUAUUUGCCUCAGAAAUAUGAAUGCAAGGAUCUGAGGGAGAAUUACUGCCGGAACCCUGAUGGCUCUGAGGCCCCCUGGUGUUUCACAACCUUCCCCAACACGCGCAGGGCUUAUUGCUUCCAGAUCAAGCGCUGUGCUGAUAAUGUGGAAGCAGAAGACUGUUACCGUGGAAAUGGAGAAGACUAUAUAGGCACCGUUAGCAAGACCAGGAAGGGAAUCACCUGCCAGAGAUGGAACGAGCAGUACCCUCACAAACCCCAGGUCUUUCCUACCAUGUUCCCUACUGUGCAUCUUGAAGAGAAUUAUUGCCGCAAUCCUGACAAUGACAGCCAUGGGCCCUGGUGCUACACCAUGAAUCAUAACAUUCCGUUUGAUUACUGUGCUAUAGAGCUGUGUGCUGGGGAGACAAAGCCAUCUAUCUUCCUGAACCCAGAGGAGGUAGUCUUUGACCAGUGUGGCAAAAGGGAUGAUCGAAUGCAGGUGCUAGCUCCUAUUACUGGAGGACGGGCUCGUAUUGUAGGAGGACGCCCAGGAAACUCACCUUGGACAGUCAGCAUCCGCAAUAGAGAAGGAGUCCAUUUCUGCGGAGGGUCACUGGUGAAGGAACAGUGGGUUAUUAGCACCCGCCAAUGUUUCUCUUCUUGUGAGGCUGAUUUAUCGGGUUAUGCAGUGUGGCUUGGAACACUCUAUAAGAAUCCUGCUCCUGAUGACCCUGACAAGCAGGCCAUCCCUAUCAUUAAGAUUAUCUGUGGCCCCUCGGAGUCUCAACUGGUGAUGCUAAAGCUGGAGAGGCCAGCAACUCUGAAUCGACGUGUAGCACUGAUCUGUCUCCCACCUGAGCGUUUCAUUGUGCCUGUGAAUACAGAGUGUGAAAUCGCAGGAUGGGGUGAUACCAGAGGUACUGGUGAUGACAAUGUCCUCAAUGUGGCCAAGCUACCUAUCAUGAGCAAUCAAGAAUGCAACAUCUCACUCCGAGGUCAUCUGAAGGAGAGCGAGCUGUGUACAUCACCCCUCUUUGUGAGUGUGGGGGCCUGUGAGGGUGACUUUGGAGGCCCUUUGGCUUGCCUGACACAUAACUGCUGGGUAUUAGAAGGUGUGAUCACCCCUUCCCGGGUAUGUGCUCGCAAGGACCGACCUUCAACCUUUAUUCGUGUCUCCCUCUAUGUUGACUGGAUCAACAAAGUGAUGAAGCUGAGCUGAGUUUGCUGAAUCCAGCUGAGACAGAACUCCACCCUGCCAUUCUUAGUGUCACCCAGGAAUGGUCAUUGUACCAAAGGACGGCCUUUCCUUGAAAUGCCAGAUUCUUCAGCAAGGAUCAAUAUGACCAAGUGAGAAGAUAUUUUUGAAGUCAGGCUGUGAAUUUUGAGGGAACUUGUAUGUACAGACCCUUCUUUUGAAACGCAUGGAGAGAGCUUCAGAGCCAAGAUAUGUGGAAUCAGUUCACACCUGCUUCCAAAAGAAUACUGUAGCUUUCAUUGUUGAAACACAAUGUAGCAAAAGAACAAUACAGUGCUAUGUUCAUUUGAUAUUAAUAUAUUGCAUUUAAAAUAGUUUCAGAAUCUUCACUUGUGGAAGAAUUCCCUCUCUUUUAAGGGGCUCUUUUAUGCUACCACACUUUAGGAGCCUUUUGUAUGUAUGAACUAUACAGUGAGAGAUUUCCUAAUCCAUUUUAUCUAUUCUUUUCCCCCUUUUUUGUUAAAAAUAGUUUUUAAGGCCUCAUUAUUAGCAUUAUCAAUAAUAUAAUAAAACCAGCAAUUAUUCAUUCCAUUAGAGUAAGAGAGGGGGCUUUGUUGUACAGUUUAAAGAGCUAUAUUAAUUCUAUAAAAAUUCUCACCUCUCAUUAGCAAAUUCUUUUCCGUGCCAACUAAGUGGUAAACAUAUAUUACCAAUAGGAACAGUUGCUGUGCCUAACACAGAAGGUUCUGAUCAAUAGAUUGAGAGUCCCUAUUGCUGCCAUAUUAUUGGAGCUAAGUGGUGCUGGACAUAACCAGUGCCUGGGCUGCUGAAGGCCCCUUAGUUAGUUAUUAGUAGCACUGUUUGCACUCUUGAUGUAAAGUUCUAGGUUCAAACACAUCAAGGACCAGAUUGUCAUUUGAAGCAAUUACACCGCUGAGUCUCAUGUUUUGGCACUUUGGAACCUAAUGUAAAUAAUAAAUAAUAAUGUUCCAUCAAGUCAACUAUGACUUACAGUGACCCUUUUCAGGGUUUUCCUGGUAGAAAAUACUACCUGGUUUUGCUAUUUAUCCUCCUGAUUAUAUUGUAUUAUUAUUAUUAUUGGAGAUUUUAAUUGUUGUUUUAAGUUGCUUGUGACCAAUAUAUUGUGAGCUGCCCUGAGUCUCCUGUCUUUUUAUCCCGCCCUAGACUCCUGUCUAGAAGGGCAGGAUAAAAAUCCAAUAAUACAUAAAUACAAAUAAAAUAGAUAUUAUGAAAGGUCCCAACUUAACUGGAAAAGUUAUAUUCUGUGUGGCUAUGUUGGCUGUAGGGGUGGGGUAGGAUCUGAGAGUUGAAAUCUGAAGAAGAUACUGUACAUUUCUUUCCAGUGAGUAUUCAACUGUGUGCCUGGGUGAAGGGAGAGAGGAAAAAAGACCACCAUGCAAAACAGCAUUCUAGGGAUGGAUGAAGAGCUGGGUGGGACCACCUAAUUUCUGAACCCAGUACAAGCUGAGUUACAGCUUGGCUAGACAGCUAAAUUGGAGGAAGCUGAAUCAGGCUAAAUAAGAUCGCUUGCAAGUUGCACGGAGGUACAGUAUGCCGUUUGGUGUGAUCCUUGCAUCCACAUGGCAUAUGCAUCUCAGACAACCCUAUUUGGACUGCUUUACUUUAAAGGGAAAGAAAGAGGAAAGGCAGCAGGAAAAAAGAGAGAGAAACACACACACACACAC